AUGAGGAUUGAGGAAAACAGGAGUGAUGUAAAAGUUAAUGUAAGCAACGAGUCGAAGAGGAAGCGAAGGCACAAGAAAGUGUUGCCGGUUCAGAGACUGUAUAAGACUUGCAAGGAAGUGUUUGCCGAUUGUGGGCCUGACAUUAUUCCAUCACCUGAAAAAAUUCAAACCCUUGUGGCUGUUUUGGACAAGAUUACUCAAGCAGAUGUCGACCUGAGGCCUAAUAUGCUAUUUUUCGACAGUAAACGAGCUUCUAUUAUAACAUAUCAACAGCUUCACGAGUGUGACAAAUUCUCGAUUGGAAUCUUCUGCUUGCCACCAUCAAGUGUCAUUCCACUUCAUAACCAUCCUGGAAUGACAGUUUUCAGCAAGCUUCUCUUUGGAACUAUGCAUAUCAAGUCAUAUGACUGGGUGGAUACGAAGGAUAAGGGAGAUGCAAUCCCCAAUGGCGUAGCUCCGGUUGCUAAUCCUUCAAACAGCUAUCCAGAUGGACUGCGACUGGCAAAGCUUAAGGUCAAUUCGGAGUUUACUGCACCCUGCAGUACUUCCAUUCUCUAUCCAACUGAUGGUGGUAACAUGCAUUGCUUCACAGCAAAGACAGCAUGUGCUGUAUUGGACGUGCUUGGCCCUCCGUAUUGUGAUCCUGAGGGUCGCCAUUGUCAGUACUACUUCGACUACCCGUUGACUGAUUUUCCAGUUGAUGGCGUGCCUGUGCCCGAGGAGGAAAAGAACAGCUAUGCAUGGCUGCAAGAGAGGGAGAAUCCCGAGGACUUAGUUUUACUCGGAGCUCCAUACACCGGACCAAAGAUAGUAGAAACAUGA